UCCCUCCCGCUCCCUCCUCCCGCGCCCGCUCCCUCUCGCUCUAGAGGCUCCCCCAGCACUUCCCAGCCAGUGUGCUCAGCCUGCCUGCCGCCUCGGUGUGCAGCGUGUGCGUGCGUCUACUUCGUACUGGGAGAACACAGCCCAUGUGCUCUGCAUGGACGUUACUGAUACUCUGUUUAGCUUGAUUUUCGACAAGCAGGCAAGAUGUCCAGCACGCCCCACGACCCCUUCUAUUCUUCUCCUUUCGGCCCAUUUUAUAGGAGACAUACACCAUACAUGGUGCAGCCAGAGUACCGAAUCUAUGAGAUGAACAAGAGGCUGCAGUCUCGCACGGAGGAUAGUGACAACCUCUGGUGGGACGCGUUUGCCACUGAAUUUUUUGAAGAUGACGCCACAUUAACCCUUUCAUUUUGUUUGGAAGAUGGACCAAAGCGAUACACCAUCGGCAGGACCCUCAUCCCCCGUUACUUUAGCACUGUGUUUGAAGGAGGGGUGACCGACCUGUAUUACAUCCUCAAACACUCGAAAGAAUCCUACCACAACUCCUCCAUCACGGUGGACUGCGACCAGUGCGCCAUGGUCACCCAGCAUGGGAAGCCCAUGUUCACCAAGGUGUGUACAGAAGGCAGGCUGAUCUUGGAGUUCACCUUUGAUGAUCUCAUGAGAAUAAAAACAUGGCACUUUACCAUUAGACAAUACCGAGAGUUAGUCCCGAGAAGCAUUCUAGCCAUGCAUGCACAAGAUCCUCAGGUCCUGGAUCAGCUUUCCAAAAAUAUCACCAGGAUGGGUCUAACGAACUUCACCCUCAACUACCUCAGGUUGUGUGUAAUACUGGAGCCAAUGCAGGAGCUGAUGUCCAGACAUAAAACCUACAACCUCAGUCCCCGAGACUGCCUGAAGACCUGCUUGUUUCAGAAGUGGCAGCGGAUGGUGGCACCGCCAGCAGAACCCACAAGGCAACCGACAACCAAAAGGAGAAAAAGAAAAAAUUCCACCAGCAGCACUUCCAACAGCAGUGCUGGGAACAACGCCAACAGCACGGGCAGCAAGAAGAAGACCCCGGCUGCAAACCUGAGCCUGUCCAGUCAGGUACCUAUUGCUAGCAUUGCUCGUUCUCCGGUGUCAGGCUGCGCACUAAGGACAUAAACUCGCGUGGUUGUUACACGUCAGGAGGCGAUGUUUAUUUCCUGUAGAAAUCCAAUAUGCGUCUCGGCCCCGACAUUGAGACUUGGCCCCGUUGUGUCCUAGGUUCCCAGCUCCUCCCACUAUUAUUUUAAGCUGAGCUUCUCUCUCUCCCAAGGUUUCCCUGUAAUAAUGUCAGCUGCUAUUCACAGGAUGUGAUGGUGGUAGGAGAGCCAACUCUGAUGGGAGGUGAGUUUGGGGACGAGGACGAAAGGCUAAUCACUAGAUUAGAAAACACGCAGUUUGAUGCGGCCAACGGCAUGGACGACGAAGAGGACUUCAACAAUUCACCCGCCCUGGGGAACAACAGCCCAUGGAACAGUAAACCUCCCGCCACGCAAGAGACCAAAUCAGAAAACCCCCCGCCCCAGGCUUCCCAGUAAGAUGACCCACGGCUCCAGAUCCAUAGGCCUGGGGGGUGUCAUUCCAAACGCAGACCUUUACUUUCAGGAGAGGAAGGAGGAGAAAUAAAAAAAGAAAAGAAAAAAAAAACUUUUCCAUGCAAAUAUCUAUUUCUAAACCACUACAAUCUGGUUCUUCUUUCUUUCGCAUUUUUUUUUCUUUUUUAAUUGAGAGGAUCGUUCCAAAUAAAGCUUCCAUGACCCUUCCUUGGAGGGCUUCACGGGAAAUACAGAUACUGGCACUGAUGGUAAUUAAAAUGAGAGAAAACACUAGCGCAUCUCCUGGCACAGUCUUAUCAGCGUGUUUGUGUUGAAUUUCCUUUUCAUGCAUCCAGCGAAGGCCAUGCUGCCCAUGCGUGCUCAGUGCUCAGGAUCUCAUUAAUAUGCCGAACCUAACUACAGGUGACUUUUUAAUAUUGUAAAAUAUUUUCUGCUUUUUGACUUGCAUUUGAGAGUUUCUUGUUUCAGUAAAAAACGAAAAGAAAAAAAUCAGCUUUUGGAAAGUAAUUUAAAUGUACCCUUAUUUUUCUUUUCCUUCGCCUCUUUCUCCCAUUGAGCAACAGCCAAGAGGGUCCAGCCAGGAAACUUAUGGUCAAACUGAUGUCGAUUGGUUCUUGAGUCUGAGUUGGUUCGAUUUAGCCCAAGAGCUGAAACAAGAAAUGUCUUGUUAUCAUCAAAGACACCAGGCAGUUUUUUUUUUUUUUAUGUAAAGAAAGACAGUUGGACCCUGAAAAAAAAUGUAUGCGUUUGUAAAGUUGCUGUUGAUCCAAAUAUUUUCAAGCCAUGUAAUCCAUUAAUUUUGUGGGCAGUUUAAUAAAUCUAAAACUUUUUGUGUUUUUUUUUAAAUUGUAUCUGAGUUGACUGUUCUUCCUUUUCAUAGUAUAUUUCUUGUAUGAUAUUUUGUAAAGCCCUCACCUGGUUCUUUUAUGGGGACUUUUCAUUUUAGACUAUUCCAGUGUAUUUAUGUGAAACUUUAUAAGAGAACUAAUUUUUCCAUUUGCCUAUUAAUAUGUUCCUCCACACAUGUAAAGACACAGUGGCUCCGUGUGUUACAAAACAGCUGUAUUUUAUGUAUGCUUUACUGGUAAUGUGCCAAUAAUAAACUGUGUUAAUGACCUAA